AUGGCCGCCGAGAAUAGCAAGCAGUUUUGGAAGAGGCGCGCCAAGCUGCCGGGGAGCAUCCAGCCCGUGUAUGGAGCACAGCACCCUCCUCUAGACCCUCGGCUCACCAAAAACUUCAUUAAAGAACGGUCAAAAGUCAGCACGGUUCCUCUGAAAAAUAAGAAGGCCUCCAGUUUUCACGAGUUUGCCCGGAACACCAGUGAUGCUUGGGACAUUGGUGAUGAUGAGGAAGAGGACUUUUCGUCCCCUGCUUUCCAAACUCUGAACUCAAAAGUUGCUUUGGCGACCGCUGCCCAAGUGCUGGAAAACCACAGCAAGCUGAGGGUGAAACCAGAACGGUCCCAGUCGACGACAUCCGAUGUACCUGCCAGCUACAAGGUCAUAAAGUCUAGCAGUGACGCCCAGCUGUCCAGAAAUUCCAGUGACUCUUGCCUGAGGAACCCGCUCCACAAACAGCAGUCACUCCCUCUCCGACCCGUCAUCCCACUCGUCGCCCGCAUCUCAGACCAGAACGCUUCUGGGGCACCCCCGAUGACCGUCCGGGAGAAAACACGCCUGGAAAAGUUCCGUCAGCUCCUCUCCAGCCACAACACCGACCUGGAUGAACUGAGGAAGUGUAGCUGGCCGGGGGUUCCCAGGGAGGUUCGGCCUGUAACCUGGAGACUCCUGUCGGGUUAUCUCCCAGCAAACACUGAGAGGAGGAAGUUGACCUUGCAGCGGAAGCGGGAAGAGUAUUUUGGCUUCAUUGAGCAGUAUUAUGACUCCCGAAAUGAGGAACAUCACCAGGAUACCUACAGACAGAUUCACAUUGACAUUCCAAGGACGAAUCCUCUCAUUCCAUUGUUCCAGCAGCCACUUGUGCAGGAGAUCUUCGAAAGAAUUCUAUUUAUUUGGGCCAUCCGACACCCCGCCAGUGGGUAUGUCCAGGGAAUUAAUGACCUGGUCACUCCGUUCUUUGUCGUCUUCCUCUCAGAAUAUGUGGAAGAGGAUGUGGAGAACUUUGACGUGACCAAUUUGUCUCAGGACAUGCUGCGAAGCAUAGAAGCCGACAGCUUUUGGUGCAUGAGCAAACUGCUGGACGGGAUCCAGGAUAACUACACCUUUGCACAACCAGGGAUCCAGAAGAAGGUCAAGGCGCUGGAAGAGCUUGUCAGUCGGAUUGAUGAGCAGGUACAUAAUCACUUCAGGAGGUACGAGGUGGAAUACCUACAGUUUGCCUUCCGUUGGAUGAACAACCUGCUUAUGCGGGAGCUUCCCCUCCGCUGCACCAUCCGCCUGUGGGACACGUACCAGUCUGAACCAGAAGGGUUCUCCCACUUUCAUCUCUACGUGUGUGCAGCUUUCUUGAUCAAGUGGAGGAAAGAGAUCCUGGAUGAGGAGGACUUUCAGGGUCUCCUCAUGCUGCUGCAAAACCUACCUACGAUACACUGGGGCAACGAAGAGAUCGGGCUGCUCCUCGCCGAGGCCUACAGACUCAAGUACAUGUUCGCCGAUGCCCCCAAUCACUACCGCCGAUAG